AUGGUUGAGGGCAAAGAAAUUAAUGGCACCUUUACUAUCAGCUCGGGAUAUCUUCCGCUGAUCAAACACUACGAAACCCUUCUGGCAGAGGUUGACCGAAAUCAUCUCGAGCUUGGAGCUUGCUCUUCCACGUCAACAGAAAUUGAUGGGCUCGCGGAACUACUAAAGAAGUUGACGACUUUGGAAGCGACAAUUUUGGCUCAAAGGCAAGAACGCGAACUACUUUUGGAUCAGCAAGAAAAAGUCAAGGAGAGCGUAAAGCAACUGCUUGAGAAGAGAGGUGUGCGUUUUGCAGCACAGCAACCGGAAUUGAACAAGUUGGCGGCCGUUUCACUGGUACAAGAAAACAAAACAAAUGCUCUCCAACAAGCCACGCUAAACUCUGAGGUAGCCGACCGAUUAGACGGUUUUCUCCUAUCCGAGCAGGAUAUUGCCGCAAUUCCAACGUACAUUCGUCAGCGUUUAACUGUCACGGAAUGCAAUGAAGUCCUUACUACAAUCGACAAACUGCUCAUCGAAAAAGCCAAGCUUUUCAAACGAAGUUACAUCAAGUUGGCUAUCCACGAAAAGGCUAAAGCCGACGAAUGGCGGAAAGUGGAAUGCGCCAAACUGAAAGGGCAAGCCUAUGUGACUGAAAAGCAACUUCGUGCAUCUUUAACGGGCAAGGGUAAACUGGCUCUCAAAACGGCGAUUCCAAGUCUUCGACAUCUUGGACGCAUCAAGCAGCUGAGAGAGAACGGAAACGAGUACUACGUCAAACUUUGG